AUGUCAGUGCUCUGCCCUAUCCUGACACCCCCUGAGGUGAAGGAGUACCUGACCAAGGGGGAACGCUUUAUCAAGUGGGAUGAUGACACCACAAAUGCUUCCCCUGUGAUUUUGCGUGUAGAUCCAAAGGGUUUUUAUAUGUACUGGACCUUCCAGAGUAAGGAAAUGGAUUUUUUGGAUAUAACAAGUGUUCGAGAUACUAGAGUAGGGAAAUUUGCCAAGAUUCCUAAGAGCCAGAAGCUCCGGGAGGUUUUCAACCUGGAUUUUCCAGACAACAACUUCUUGCUUAAGACUUUGACAGUGGUUGCUGGUCCUGAUAUGGUGGAUCUUACCUUUCAUAAUUUCGUUUCCUAUAAAGAAAAUGUUGGAAAGAAUUGGGCAGAUGAUAUCUUAGCCAUUGCUAGGAACCCAUUUACAUAUAAUGCUUGCCGUUACACCUUCCUGGAAAAAAUACUGGUGAGGUUGAAGUUGCAGUUGAAUGCAGAUGGGAAAAUUCCUGUCAGGAAUAUAUUUCAAAUGUUUCCUGCAGACAGAAAAAGGGUAGAAGCUGCAUUAAGCGCCUGUCAUCUUCCAAAGGGAAAGAAUGAUGGUAUCAAUCCAGAGGACUUCCCUGAGACUGUGUACAAAUCAUUUCUGAUGAAUCUGUGUCCUCGACCAGAGAUUGAUGAGAUAUUUACCUCACACCAUUCAAAAGCGAAGCCCUACAUGACCAAAGAUCACCUUACCAAAUUUAUCAACAAGAAACAGCGAGAUUCCCACCUAAAUGAUGUGCUUUUCCCCCCUGCUAAGCCAGAACAGGUGCAGGGCCUCAUAGAGAAAUAUGAGCCUAGUGGGAUGAAUGUUCAGAGAGGGCAGCUAUCUCCAGAGGGGAUGGUUUGGUUCCUGUGUGGUCCUGAAAACAGUGUGAUAACACAGGAAAAACUAUUGCUGUACCAGGAUAUGAGCCAGCCCCUCUCUCACUAUUUCAUCAACUCAUCCCAUAACACAUAUCUAACAGCUGGGCAAUUUUCCGGAAUCUCAUCUCCAGAGAUGUAUCGCCAGACCCUUUUGGCUGGUUGCCGCUGUGUGGAACUCGAUUGCUGGAAAGGGAAGCCUCCAGAUGAGGAGCCCAUUAUCACCCACGGGUUCACGAUGACCACUGAAAUACUGUUCAAGGAUGCAAUUGAGGCUAUUGCAGAAAGUGCCUUCAAAACAUCCCCCUACCCUGUGAUCUUGUCCUUUGAGAACCAUGUGGACUCGCCCAAGCAACAGGCUAAGAUGGCUGAAUACUGCAGAACCAUAUUUGGGGAUAUGCUGCUGACGGAGCCACUGGAAAAAUUCCCACUUAAACCAGGGAUUCCACUACCAAGCCCCCAAGAUCUCUUGGAGAAAAUCUUGAUUAAGAAUAAGAAGAACCAGUUUACACCUGGAGAGAACCAAGACACUUUGAAGAAAGGGAGGGGUCCAGAGGAUGAAGCUGCUGAGCAGCCCAUACUGACAGAGAAAGAUAGCACAGCCAGGGCAGGCGAGGCAACUGAAGAGGCGCCGGAAGCGGAGGAGGACCUGGAGAACCUGAAUGAAGAAGAAAUCAAAAAGAUGCAGUCUGAUGAGGGUACUGCGGGUUUGGAAGUGACAGCUUAUGAAGAAAUGUCCAGCCUGGUUAAUUACAUUCAACCCAUCAAAUUUGACACAUUUGAAACCUCUGCACAGAAGAAUCGAAGUUAUGUCGUUUCCUCUUUCACUGAGAUGAAGGCUUACGAGCUGUUGACCAAAUCUCCCAUCCAGUUUGUUGAUUAUAACAAGAGGCAGAUGAGCCGAAUUUAUCCCAAGGGCACCCGUAUGGAUUCUUCAAACUACAUGCCUCAGAUGUUCUGGAAUGUUGGCAGCCAAAUGGUGGCCUUAAACUUCCAGACCACAGAUGUCCCCAUGCAACAGAACAUGGCUCUGUUUGAAUUCAACGGGCAGAGUGGAUACCUCCUCAAACAUAUCUUCAUGCGCCGGCCAGAUAAGCAAUUCGACCCUUUCUCUGUGGACCGCAUUGAUGUAGUGGUGGCAAGCACAUUGUCAAUAACGAUCAUUUCUGGCCAGUUCCUCUCAGAGCGCAGUGUGAAGUCCUAUGUAGAAGUGGAGUUGUUCGGCCUGCCUGGUGAUCCCAAACGCCGAUACAGAACUAAACUGACACCAACUGCCAACUCAAUCAAUCCUGUAUGGAAGGAGGAUGCUUUUGUAUUUGAAAAGAUUAUGAUGCCCGAGUUGGCUUCUCUCAGAGUUGUGGCUUUGGAGGAAGGAGGAAAGUUCAUUGGUCAACGCAUCAUUCCCAUCACUGCUGUAUGUUCAGGCUAUCACCACAUCUGCCUUCGUAGCGAGUGCAACAUGCCACUUAAUCUGCCUUCUCUCUUCGUCUAUGUGGAAAUGAAAGACUAUGUUCCUGACUCAUGGGCAGAUAUGACCAUGGCCCUCUGCAACCCAAUCAAGUUUUUUAGCGCACAGGACAAAAAGUCAAGCAAAAGUCAAGAGGCUGAUAUGGAGAGGCACAGCUUGCAAAAAGGCCUUUCCACUACUCAGCUCAAUACCAACGGGCUACCAAGUACCACUGGCACCACUAGUAUCCCUCCUUCAAAUGGACCUGCAGGAACUCCAGCAAGAGGGAAAGAAGAAACCACAAAAGAACCUGAAAAACAAACAACAGUGCCCCAGACAACCAGCGUUGAGGAACUGCAACAGAUGAAGAUGUUUGGGAAGCUGGUAAAGAAGCAAGAGAAGGAACUGAAGGAGCUGGAGCGUAAGGCAAGCAAGCGGAAAGAAGAGCUCUUGCAAAAAUACACCUUCCUUUUCACUGAACUGGCUGCCCAGGCUGGCAAGAAGAAAACACCCUGCCCGACAAAAUCUCAAAAAAAGAAAAGGAGCUUAACCUUAGAUGAGACAGGUGCAGAGAGGGCCGAGAGCCCUGGCCCCAGAGCCUUGGAGAUGAAGGAGAAGCUGGAGGAAGAGCUGCUUCAGCUGGGAGAAGAGCACUACGAUGGGAUUCGGAAGAAGAAAGAGCAGCAUGCUGCAGAGCAAAUUGCUAAAAUGAUAGAACUUGCAAGAGAAAAGCAAGCAUGUGAGCUGAAGGCACUGAAAGAUUCCUCAGAAAGUGACAAUAAAGAGUUGAAAAAGAAACUGGAGGCCAAGAGGCUAGACCGAAUCCAAGCUGUAGCCAAGAACACCAGUGACAAGAGCGCUCAGGAAAGGUUAAAGAGAGAAAUAAAUAGCACACACAUUCAAGAAGUGGUACAGAUGAUUAAGCAGCUGACCGAAAAGCAGGCCAGGUAUCAACAAGUCCUGGAAACAAAGCAGACAGACUGCCUGGAGAAGAUCAAGGAAAAAGAAGUCCAGCUCCAGCAGGAAGCACUUGCCGAGUUCGAGGAGAAGAUGAAAGUUCUCAGUGCAGAGGUGCAGGACUUAGCGAAGAACUGUGUGAAAGUCUGUUUCCCUCUAGAAGCUGAAACGGCAAAAGAAGAGACCCUAAAUGCUGCCAAUGAGGAAAAUGAGAAGCCGAAGACACAGCUGCCAGAAAACAACCAGAUGCUUGAGUCUGCAAAGCUUGAAACUCAGAUGGCUGAGAAGGACUUAGAACUUGAGGAAUCCGCUGAUACUCAGUACAGCAGAUUGUAA